AUGGCAACAGCUCACCUCGGCUUCAGCUAUGCUUCAUCGAAGAAUAUUCCUGAAUUAUUUACAUCGAUGUUUCCUGACAGUAAAAUAGCUGCCGAUUAUGCAAUGAAAGAUCGAAAACUUUCGUAUAUGAUAUCACAUGGAACUGGUCAUUAUUUUGUACGUGAACUUGUUAAAGAUGUUAAUAAAGCUCCAUCCUACUCGUUACUUUUCGACGAAACUACUAUUGUUGGAGUACGAAAAAAAUUGAACUUACAUAUUCGAUAUUGGAGUGAAUCCAAGCAAUGUGUUGUUACACGUUAUUGGAAAAGUAUUAUGCUUGGACAUGCAACAGCAGACAUCAUUAGUCGUCAUAUACUCGAUUCAUUAAAAUGUCCUUCUGUUCUUAUAGGUCGUGAUAAUCCGAAUGUUAACAAAGCAGUUGAAACUAUGAUUGACAAAGAACUACGAUCUGAACGAGAGAAAAAAACUGGACAUGCACCAGCUAACGGAUUGGUUUCCAUCGGAUCUUGUCCACUUCAUGUCAUUCACAAUGCGUUCAAACACGGUUUUACACAAAAUGAGUGGCAAGUCGAAGAUAUUCUUUAUGAAUUUUGGUUUUUCUUUUCUAGAUCAUCGGCCCGUCGUGAAGAUUAUUUAAGUGUAGUUGAAUCUAUUGGUGAUGGUGUUGGUCGAUUUAUGAAACGAUUUGUUAUUACACGGUGGAUAGAAGUCGGUCCAGUUAUCGAACGAGUUAUUGACCAAUGGCCCAUUCUUAAAGAAUAUUUUCUUGUUUAUUUACCAAAAAUUAAUAAAAAUAUUAUUAAUAAUGAUAGAUGGAAAAGAAUUAAGAAUCAGCUCGACCAACAGCAAACACUUGUUCAUUUUCAAUUUGUUCUUUAUGUGUAUCGACAUAUAUUCUCGAAACCUUUAACAUGGCUUCAGCAAAGUGAACCAUUAGUCCAUAUGUUAUUCGAAGAAUGCAGUGAUUUAUUUCGUAAUGUAUUGAUUAGUUUCAUUAAAGAUGAUUUAAUAAUGAAUAAAACCGUAAAACAAUUAUUUUCGAUUACACUCGAUUCUCAAGCCAAUCAAAAACCAGAUUCCAAACUCGAAAUUGGUGAAACUAC